CGUUGCUGGCAGUGGAGCCAUGAAGCGCGCACUAGCAAUUUUGCUCUUCGUGAUAAUCGGAUCGAAAGAAAGCGAGAGUGAAUUUCUGUCCCAUUACAUCCGACCUGAUUUGCUAAAUGAAAAUGCGACCUGUCGAGCGGAAAGUGAGAUUUUGCUCAAAGGAAUUUCCAAUCUCGAGCUCUGGGCCUUAGAACUUCUGGAUUCGAGUUCAAAAAUUCAGUCGGGAAUUUUAUCCAGCAACAUAAAAGACUAUGGAAAUUUUGACGAAUGCGUCAAAAUUCAAGAAAAUAAUAGUUUGAGAGGAAAGUACUGUCUUGCUCAUAUUCACAUAGAAGCAAUUGAACCUCAGCUCUCUGUGAAAAACAAACUCAUCGACUUUGUGUCGUACGGGAGACGCCACGUUGAAAUCACUCAUAAUAGGACAUUGAAUAAUGUGAUGGUGCCCGAUCAUCUCCCAUCUUUAGCACUUUUCCAGUCAGCGUUUUGCCUUCCAUCGUCUUGUCAUUCACAGGACUUAGAAAUCAUGUUAAAUGCCUCCUUAAAGGAAAUUGGAAAUUCUCUCGGUCUCAAAAUUUACUCCGAAGUAUUUGAGGAAAAUUGUUACGCAGAAACAAAUCAACCUUGGAGCAAUGGACAGAUAAUUUUCUUGAUUUCUCUUUUCUCCCUCCUGAUGGUUGCGGCGCUUGCUACUGUUUUAGAGCAACACCUCAUCACACAAACGAAAAAAACUGACGAAACUUCUCUACUGGAUUCAUUUAUUGAAAAAGGAAUUCUUCCAUUCGAAAUUUCAAGAAAUUGGAAAAAAAUGACCAGGCAAGUUUCAAAGGAUUCGAUGCGAAGCAUGGACGGUAUUCGCGCUUUUAGCAUUUAUAUGGUUGUCGUUUGCCACUGCGCCCUAUCCAACAUGGUGCUUCCCUUCAUGAACAAUAAAACUAUUAUAGAUUGGGCAAAUCAAGAGAUUUACCUACCUUUGUAUCUUUCCUUGUGGAGUGUCGAUUCUUUCCUUCUGCUCGGAGGCGCCCUUAGAACCUAUAACAUGUUGAAAGAACUCAAUGAAAAGAAGUUCAAUUUCUUUGUCGACUUUCUACAAAGAUACUUCAGAUUCACCAUCCCACUUUUAGCAACAAUUGGUUUCUAUACAACUUUAUUUGAGAAAAUCGGCAGUGGACCAACUUGGUACAAAAGUGUCGUAGUGAACAAAGAACUCUGCCAAAAGAAUUGGUUUUGGAACAUUCUCUAUAUUAAUAACAUUGUCAACACAGAAGAUUUGUGUAUUGUCCAGUCCUGGUACUUGGGAGCGGAUAUGCAAUUAUAUUUAGUGGCUCCGGUUGUAAUUUAUGUACUCUGGCGGUGGCCGACAAUUGGAAAGCAAAUAUUUACACUCGUCUUUUUGUUUUCAAUGCUAAUACCCGCAGCGACUGUUUAUAUGACAAGACCGGCGCCAUUAUACGCGGCUUCCUACUCUGACCAGCAACUGAUGGACUACAUUAGGUGGCUCCAUUAUUUCACCCCGAACCGAAUCUCACCCUACAUGGUCGGCAUCGCUCUGGGUUUUGUUUUGUGGAAUGUGAAAAGCGGAGGAGCCAAAAAACUGUCAAAGGAAGUAGUAUGUCUGUUCUGGAUUUUGUCUCUAGCCUCGAUAUUUGUGGCUUUGUACGGCGCUUUUAAAGUUUUAGACCCGAGCUACAAAUAUAAUUUGAUCGAGAUAAUGAUUUUCGCUGGACUGCAUAAAGCUCUGUUUACAUUCUUCCUUGCGUGGAUUAUUUACGUUUGCGAGAGCGGUCGUGCAGAAUUUUUAAAUAAAUUCCUUUCAUGGUGGCCGCUCGCUUUCAUCAGCAAACUUUCCUUCAGUAUAUUUCUGACGCAUUACAUUGUGCUGAGUUACAUGGAAGGAACUACAAGACACCAACGCUAUUUCGAAAUCGUCCAAAAUACGCACUUUUUUGCAGGGAACUUUGUCUUCGUAACUAUUUUGGCGAUGCUUUUCUUUUUACUGGUCGAGGCACCAUCAAGAUCAUGGGUGAAUUCAUUGUUUGCACAAAAAUUGAAAAAAUAACUAUGUAUGUAAAUUAAAUAAAAUUAAUUAAUUCUUUUUAUUAAA